CAUCAACACCUUCGCAUCACCACCACCACCACCACCACCACCACCACCACCACCGCCGCCGCCGCCGCCGACGACGACAACAACUUCCUCGCUCGCGCACACCAGGACAUUGUCUCCACCCACUGCAAUGUCUGCUACCUGCUGACCCCCCGAAACGCUUCCUCAGAGGUUGUCGCCCCAACAUGUCGACUCUUGCCUUGCUGCACCUCAACAAUGGACCCAGCAGCAAGCACCGCGAACACGGCCGUGAGCACGCCCUCGUCGAGUCCUGGCCUCUUCAGUCCCUCCAACAAUCCAAUCCGCCAGCAUAUCUCCUCGCUGCCAGAUGGCACGCCGCAAUCGAGUCCCUAUCUCCAUCCGCUGCAGAUGCAUAAAGUUCGAGAAACCCACAAAGCCCAGGUCGAGCAGGACUUCAUCACCGGCCGCAAACUAAUAAACCAAUACGAGAUCAUCGAAGAGAUCGGCAGAGGAGUGCACGGCAAGGUCAAAUUGGCAAGAAGCCUCGAGACGGGCGACUAUGUUGCGAUCAAGAUCAUCCAACGCUUCUCCAAGAAGCGCAAGCUUGGACGAGUCACCGUUUCGCCCGAAGACAAGACAAAGAGAGAGAUCGCCAUCCUCAAGAAGAUCCGCCAUGCCAACGUCGUCGGCCUGCUCGAAGUCAUCGACGACCCCGAGUUGAAGAAGAUUUACAUGGUGUUGGAGCAUGUUGAGCUUGGAGAAAUAAUAUGGCGCAAGAAAGGUGCUCCCCAGAUCUGCAUCUUCGAACGCCGACGCAUAGAGAGAGAGCAGAGCGGAGAGAAGGAGACUGGAGAUGACGAGAAAUACUUCAAGAUGAUCGAGAGACGCCGGCAACAAAGGGAAGCAAAGCGAGCCAAGAUAUCCCAGCUACAACUCGCACAAGGCUACCCAGACUAUUGGAGCUUGGAGCAUGGCGACGAUGACGCCGAUGCGGAGGGUUCAGUGCUUUCGAAGGUCACAACAAACGACUCCGCGCAGAACCUCACUCGCCACAGAUCAUCAACACUUCGAUCCAACCCUGGCUCUCGAGGCCCAUCACGAGCAUCAUCUCGAGCUCCCUCGCGAGCAAGCUCUCGUGCGCAUACCCCACUUCCCACCGAGUUUGAUAUUCCUGCCAUCGACAGUGACAAUGAAGGCGACGAGCCUGGACCGUUACCUUCCAUCCUAUCCAAUCACGGCUCAUCAACCGCCUUGCAAGGAACAUACUACGGCGCAUACCCCGACGACCCUCCGUAUCGUGGGAGAUCGCCAAGCAUGGCUGAUAGCAUCAUCUCACACAUGUCAUCGGUCGACGACAUGCAGCACGAUGCAUUUGAAGAUGAUUUCUCUUACGUCCCAUGCUUCACCAUCGACCAGGCUCGAGCAGCAUUCAGGGACACUGUCCUAGGUCUAGAGUAUCUCCAUUACGAAGGCAUCGUCCACAGAGACAUCAAACCUGCGAAUCUGCUCUGGACAAAGGAUCAUCGCGUCAAGAUCUCUGACUUUGGGGUCUCCUACUUCGGUCGACCAAUUAGAGACGGCGAAACAGAAGAAAAUAUUUCGGAAGCUGAUGCCACCGACUUCGAUGAUGAUCUCGAACUUGCCAAGACUGUCGGCACUCCAGCCUUCUUCGCACCCGAACUCUGCUACACGGAUCUCGAAAUCGAACAGCCAAGAAUCACUGAGCAAAUCGAUGUUUGGUCGUUGGGUAUCACUCUUUAUUGUCUCAUCUACGCUCGCAUCCCCUUCCUCGCCGACGAUGAAUACCAACUCUUCCGAGCAAUCGCAAAAGCAGAUGUAUACAUUCCUAGACGACGCCUCAAGGCUGUCGACCCCAAUUGUACAACUCCACAAUCAAACCCGAUUAAACGCAUCGGCCCUUCGACAGGUCCAUAUAGAGAAGACGGAGAACUCGCGUUCGAGGAAAUUGACGAUGAAUUAUAUGAUCUGCUUCGAAGGAUGCUGAUCAAGGACCCCGCCGAGCGAAUCAAGCUCAGGGAGGUCAAACGUCAUCCGUGGGUGAUUCACGGUAUUGACAACUUUAUCGGCUGGCUUGACGACACGGAUCCAUCACGGAAGACUGCCGGCAGGAGGAUCCAAGUCGACUGGAACGAAUUGGAGCGUGCUGUUGUUCCCAUUACCUUCCUGGAGCGUGCGCGGUCUGCAGUAAAGAAGGCUGUUGGAAAGGUUAUCGGUGUGACGAGGAGUGAGACAAGGAGCGAAGGAUCUCGGCGAAGAGCUGCCAGCAGCGCCACAAGUUCCGGAACAGAUACCCACAACUCUACCCCAGUGGGGCCACUUCGACGAGACAAUCGACGAGCAAGCCUCCGAGGAGACGAGUCCUACUUCUCAUCCGCUAGCGAUCUUCAAGAGUAUCGCCAUGAACGCCACCGCGAGCCAUAUGAGCAUCCUCUUGCGCAAAGCCUGACGGCGAGCCCAGAUCUCUCUGCAACCGAGGGAGACCCCUUUGCGCUUGACUUUACUCAGCAAUCUGUUUCGGUAGGAGCCACUCCAAAACGUGAACGUGUGCCGUCUGGCGCAGCAGAUCCUGAUCAAAGACCAGGUCCGCCGGAUCGUACCGUCUCGGCGGCCGCGUCUAUUCAGACAGUCGUUCACCGUGGCCACUCGCAUUCACGGUCUAUGAACACCCCUAGGUCCCCAACACUGGAGGAAGCCCCGCACGCCCCUAACUUCUUCGGGGAUCAUCAUUUGGAAGCUCUAUUUGGAGGUCAUUUGUGGAAUCCUAGAGGUCGAGAAGUAAUGGAAGGCAUUGACGAAGGUGUCUCUUCAAGGGCUCGCUCGGUUGACAGAAGCCUUUUCGAGUCGGAUAACAAGCAUGCAGAACCAAGCGUGGCGAUGAGCACUGCAACCGCUCCUGGACUCUUCCAGCACCCUAUAAGACUGAACCAUCCCCGUCCACUCUCUCGUUCGUCUGAUGUCAGCCCGACUAACUACGAAAAACCGCUUGCAUCUCCACUCUUCUUCCAACCCCAUCUGGUCCACGCCCAUCAGACGGGCCAAUCCUCAUCCACUCCCAAUGUUCACCAGGUUCAGUAUGCUGCGUCCAAUCUGGAUCAACGACCUUCGACAGCGAAUCGAACGCCAGAAGGCAAAACUCCUGACCCUCGAGUCUAUGGACCGAGUACACCUGAGUUAUUCCAACGAGCACGGGAUGCCCUUGAGAGACGAAGAAAGUUGGAGCAAGAAGCCGAGCACAAGCGGCAGCAGGUGGCUCUAGAUUACGGUAACUCUCCGACUGCCUGUCCUCCAUCCCCGGACGAUGAGGUUGUUCGGAAAAGACAGGAAGAGGCGAGCCGUGCUCGGUCAUACAGCUCGGUCAAUUCCACCAGCAGAGCCUCGUUGACUUCACCCUCCGACCUGACCUCGCCAGUCUCCUCCGACAACCGUGGCUCCACAGAGCAGUUCUCCCAUCUCCCAUCUGUCCCAUCGCUUCCGGCUUUGAUCUCGGGCGCAUCUUCAGUAUCCGCCGACCCAGAAGGAGAGAUGCUCACGCUUCCAGGUGUGGUUCAACAUCCGGAGACUGCUCAUAGUACACCCGAGACUCUCACCCCACCCUUGCUUUCUAAGCAAGUGUCCGCCGAAGUCAGAACUCCCAUCCCCGAUGCGCCUGAAGAUGCAAUCCUCCUCUCACCCGGGGAGGAAGAUGAAGGUUACAACGGGGACGGCGAUAACAUUGACGAUGACGACUCGGAUAGCGACGAGGGCUUGACAAUGACGCGGAGAAAGCCAAAGCCGCAGUCACCGAUUGAAAGCAGGAUUGAUCUCAGGAAGAUCGAGAGGAGAGAUACGAAUGCCAGUGUUGGCAGCACGGAGACGGCGAAAAAGGUUGUGAUGGAUAGUUGAGCGAGCCAGUUACAUAAUCGGCGAAUUUGGAAUUCAUUCUACUUUUCGGCACUUGGGGAGGCUUUAAUCGAAUUUUUGUUCAUGAGAAAAAUGGAUGAAUGGUUGCAUAUGACGGAUAAAAGGAUUCCAUGGUCUUGCAUGAUAUACGACUGGACUGAGGCAGGAUUAGGAAGGACUGGGAAGAUGCAUGAUCGGCGCCUAUGGACAGCAACGGAAGGGAGGAAUGACUUUUGUCAGGAUAUGUUUUCCCCCCCAAUAUUCAAGGGGUCGAUCAAGCGUGGCGUCUAAAGGAAAACAAUGGGAAUGGAAUAU